GUCACGCCGGCCUGGCGUGAAACGUCACGCCACCGUCACUCCUCGUCGUAUGUUUCUAUCGCUGACGCGUGACUUCUCGGAUCGACGCGACGUUCGACGUCGCCGUCGAGGAGGACGGCGACAGCGACGGCGACAACGACAAGCGAUUGGCUGGAUGAUAGUGGAUAGGAUAUCGUGUGCAAGGUUCCGUUGAGGUAGCUCAUCGCGACGAGAACGUCAGUGUUCCUGCAAGACGCUGCUGGUGACAGGUCGGCGAAUGUUAGGAAUUUGCGUUAACGCAAACUGCGAAAUAGGAAUGUCACGAUAGAAUCGGGAGAUCGAUCGCUUAGAUAAUUACUAAUUUAUCGUCCGCGUUUCUUAUGUAACACGAUAACCGCGCGUUUCUGUUGUUUGAAUGUGGCGAGUUUAUGGAUGUUUGUUGAAACGGAUACUUCCACGCAUGUAAUUAAAAUAUGAAAUAAAUAAACGCUCGGUGCAAUGCUGUAUUUGUUAUCUUGACAUUGCGAUUUUAUUUUAGCAAUAACUAUAUAAUGGUUGUAUAAUAAAAAGCAAAUACAUUAUUUAUUAUAGCAGACGGGAUCUAUAGUGGAAUAUUUAACUUUGAGCAAUGAGUCCACAAAGCCAUAAGAAUAAUUUAACUCCAAAAGGUAUAGAGUCGAAUGGAUAUUCUGCUGGCAAGACUAUGACCAAAGAAACAAGAAAUCAUUCAUCUCCUUCAAUGCCUUGGUUUGGAAUGGACAUAGGCGGCACAUUAUGCAAGUUAGUAUACUUUGAGCCAAAGGAUAUAACGAGAGAUGAGGCAGAUACGGAAGUUGAAACGUUAAAAAAUAUUCGUCGAUAUUUGACAAAGAAUUCGGCAUAUGGAAAAACUGGUCAUCGUGAUACGCAUUUACAAAUGGAUGACGUUUGUAUUAGAGGCAGACGAGGAACAUUACAUUUCAUUAGAUUUCCCACAAGUGAAAUGGGAAAUUUUUUAGCACUAGCAAAGUCAAAAGGUAUGGCAAAUCUUGUGACUACUGUUUGUGCUACUGGUGGUGGCGCUUUUAAAUUCGAAGAUAAUUUCAAAAAGGAGGUAAACAUGAAUUUAGCAAAGUUCGAUGAAUUAGAUAGUUUAAUACGUGGAAUGCUCUAUAUAGAGACUACAAAUCCGCACGAAUGUUAUUAUUGGUCGAAUCCCACCGAUGAUAGCAAAUGCCAGAAAGUACCUUAUGAUUUUUCUGAACCAUAUCCUUUCUUGCUCGUUAAUAUAGGCUCUGGAGUAAGUAUAUUAGCUGUAUAUGGACCAGAAAAUUAUAAAAGGAUAUCUGGGACGAGUUUAGGCGGUGGAACGUUUUUGGGAUUAUGUUGCCUACUUACUGGAUGUAAUACUUUUGAAGAGGCGAUAGAAUUAGCAACGGGUGGCGAUAACACAAGAGUGGAUAAAUUAGUUAAAGAUAUAUACGGUGGCGAUUACGGUCCUUUCGGUCUUCCUGGAGAUUUAGUCGCUAGCAGUUUUGGACAAAUGAAUUCCAAAGAUCGCAGAAAUACUGUCACGAAGGAAGACUUGGCGCGUGCAACUCUUGUUACUAUCACAAAUAAUAUUGGUUCUAUCGCGCGUAUGUGCGCUGUUAAUGAAAAAAUUGAAAGAGUUGUAUUUGUCGGUAAUUUUCUCAGAGUAAAUCCUAUAUCAAUGAAAUUAUUGGCCUAUGCUAUGGAUUAUUGGUCUAAAGGAACUUUGAAGGCCCUGUUUUUGGAACAUGAAGUAAAGCUCUCUCUCUCUCUC